CUCCUGUAGGUGGGAAGCGCCGCACUCCCGGCCGCCCGCGGUGCAGCCUGCAUCGCUGCAAGGCGCCGGCGGAGGCGGCUCGCCCGCGUUAGGCGCUGCCGGGCGUCGGGAGCGGAGCGCGGCUAAUAGGCAGCUCUCAGGCGGGCCAUGGCGAGGGGCGCACAGCGGCCACCUGAGUGGCGCGGCGGCGUCAGGUUCUUAACCAAGAACCAGCUCUAUGGAUCCAAGACAAGUUUGUCCCCCGGCCAGCUCUGAACAGCGUGUUGUCCGAUAGACAAUUCCAUUGGCAAACCAUCUCUGUUGCCUUACAGAGCAAGCAAAGAAGAUGGAUCGAUUGAAGAGCCAUCUGCCUGUGUGCUUUCUACCUUCUGUGCCCUUUUUAAUUCUAGUAUCCACUCUAGCGACCGCUAAGAGUGUGACUAACAGCACUUUAAAUGGCACUGACACGGUCUUGGGCUCUGUGCCCGUAAUCAUUGCCAGAACUGACCAUAUCAUAGUCAAGGAAGGGAACAGUGCCUUGAUUAAUUGUAGUGUUUAUGGCAUCCCUAACCCACAGUUCAAGUGGUAUAAUUCCAUUGGCAAGCUGCUGAAAGACGACGACGGUGAGGAGCGAGGAACAGGAAAAUGGCAGAUGCACGAGAGCGGCCUCCUGAACAUCACCAAGGUGUCUUUUUCAGACCGAGGUAAAUACACGUGUGUUGCUUCCAAUAUCUAUGGCACUGUGAACAACACAGUGACCUUGAGAGUCAUCUUCACCUCUGGAGACAUGGGUGUCUACUACAUGGUCGUCUGCCUAGUGGCCUUCACCGUUGUCAUGGUCCUCAACAUCACCCGCCUGUGCAUGAUGAGCAGCCACCUGAAGAAGACUGAGAAAGCUAUCAACGAGUUCUUUAGGACAGAAGGCGCAGAGAAGCUGCAAAAGGCAUUUGAGAUCGCCAAGCGGAUCCCCAUCAUCACCUCAGCCAAAACUCUAGAGCUCGCCAAAGUGACCCAGUUCAAAACCAUGGAGUUCGCCCGCUACAUUGAAGAGCUUGCCAGGAGUGUGCCUCUGCCUCCUCUCAUUAUGAACUGCAGAACUAUCAUGGAGGAGAUCAUGGAAGUGGUUGGGCUGGAGGAACAGGGGCAGAACUUUGUGCGGCACACUCCAGAAGGCCAGGAGGCCACAGACAGGGACGAGGUGUACACGAUCCCCAACUCCCUGAAGCGAAGCGACUCCCCCACCGCCGACUCAGAUGCCUCGUCGCUGCACGAACAGCCUCAGCAGAUUGCCAUCAAGGUGUCUGUUCAUCCACAGUCCAAAAAAGAUCAUGCAGAUGACCAAGAGGAGGGACAGUUUGAAGUCAAAGAUGAAGAGGAGACAGAACCAUCAGCUGAACGUUCCCUAGAAACGGCAGAGCCUUCUACAGAUGUAACAUCCACGGAGCUAACGUCUGAAGAGCCCACGCCUGUUGAGGUAUCAGAUAGAGUCCUGCCGCCAGCUCACCUGGAAACUACAGAGCCAGCAGUGGCACAUGACAGAAACACCUGCAUUAUUUAUGAAAGCCAUGUCUAAUAUCAACUCCGAAAAGCUAUGCAUAUCAAGAAAAUCAGGGGCUGCUCCUUGCAGUCCAGUCGUAGUACGCACUUGCCACUAAGCCUUACCAGGAGACUCUCAUCCCUUAGGUAGGAGUGAUGCCAUUUUAAAAGGGGAAACACCUGUGUGCAUUUUCGUGACUGGGAUUUCCCUGAUAGAAAAGGAUGCGGGAAACAUCAGGGUGCAGAAUUGAUAAUAUUGGACAGAAGGUGUCUGUCCAUGUGAUGCGAAUUUUAGAGGCGCUCCCCUGCCAAAUACCUUAAUUGGUGAUGAUGACCUUUUGACAAAGAGUACACUACUGUAAGACAAAUUCUGAGUUUAAGAGCCCUGUCCAGUGCACACUGCAUUGCUUUUCCUUUAAGAAAUUAUAGGUCUGCUACAAUAGCAAAUGCACGUAUAUGGGUUUGUUGCACUUUCUUCUCAGUUUUUAUUCCUUUCACUGUUCCUUUAUAGUGGAGUAGUUGUUGUUAAAUUAAUAUUAAUUGCUCUUUCUGGUUUAGUCCUCUUUGCCACUUUGUCCUUAUUUUCCCCUAGAACAUUUACCUCAGAGGCUUUGUUAUCAGUCACCAGUACCAGGGCUGAUAUCUACAGGUCAUUUGUAAUGUUCCAAAGUAGUUAUUAGGCUCCUUAUUUUUGUCAUUUCCCAGGCCUAUUUUCAUACAUUGCUUUUUUGUUUCCAAUGAAGCUGCUAUUGUGAAACUGAGAAAACCUUUGCCCAGGAAUAGCACUUUAAUAGCUAAAUAAAAAUGUGUUUACCUAUCCAAUUCUGAGAGCGUUUUGGUAAGCUCAACCAAGGUAUAGGGAGAGACUGUCAAAGGUUGAAUAUACCCCUACUACCCAUGAAAACUGCUGCUUUUACAUUUAAGUAACAUCAUCCUCCAAACAAAGACUGAUUCUUUAUCUGGAAAAUUUAUUGCUUCCAAAGACAGAGGCAUUUGAUGAAUCCCUGUAGGUUGUAGAAUAUUGGUUUCCCAGAAAGGCUUGCAGGGACCAUAUGCCAUCAGGUGACUCAAACAAUUGAUUUGGGACAGCAAAUAUAAAGAUCUGUAAAGUCAUGUAACUAGGUCCACUUUUGUGCACUUGCUUUUAAGAACUGCAUGGCUAACCCAUUGGUCCUUUUGAAGGGGAGAGUGAAAGGUUAGGAUAAUAGUAUAGGGAACUAUACCAUCAAAUCACAUUCCAAAAUUAUUGAAUUAUUAUUUUUAGUCUCACAAGAAAGUAGUUAUAUGCAAGACAGAAUGAUGUUAUGGACAAAAGACAAAACUAGUCAUCCAAAGGCCAACACCUUACCUGACUGUGCCAAUACCAGCUCCCUGGCUUUGGGUAAGUCUGAGUCUCGGUAUCCUUAUCUGUCAGAGGACGAAGAUUAGGUGAGCUCUGAGCACCAUUUGCAUGGUCUCGCUCUCUUACAGAACCAAACCAAUAUCAUCAUCCUUGCUCUUUUUCACAAUUACUUUGAAGAUUUUUUGUUAUCUCUGGAUUUACCAAACAUUUUUUUUAUGCUGCAUUACUUACUCAAAUAAAAAGGAUAAGUUUAUAAAAAUCAUAGCAUUUUAGCAAGCUUUGGAUCUUCUCUUCCACUAAAAUCAUUAGAACCACUUCUACAGUUUAGAUUUAAUCACAGUAAAAAUGAGUGGUUUUAUUUCAUUUUCACUUAGGAUCAGGGAAGACACUAAACUUAAAGUAGUCAUAAGGGUCAUGGCCACAUCAAGUGAUGGGGUCGUGAGGCUGGAGGUUACAUAGGCCACGAUGGUAAUGAGAGAGUAGACCCAGAUGUUUAGUCUUCACUCUGUCACUAUCUGGAUAAGUGAGACCUUGGACAACUCCUUUCCCCAUUCUGGGGUUUAAUCUUUUUUAUCUGCAAAAUAUGGGGAUUGUACUUGAUGGGUCACAAGAUCCCUUUUAGCUCAGACGUUUACAGUUUUAUGUAAAGUUUGUAGUCUCUCGUGAAGGCCCCCAUUGCCAGAGACAAGCAACAUAGGGAGCAAAAAAGGGUACAUGAGAUUGGAGGUUUUUGCUGAACAAACUUUACAGCAAAUAUUCCCGACUCUAUAGCUGAAGGUAGUGGGUUUGGCUUAGAAAUGGCCUUGACAGGUUUUUUUAUUCAUAGAUAACUGGUGUGGAAGGCAAUCUGAAAGAUGUGGAGUUUGACCCAACAUCUCUUGGUCAGGAAGGAACUGUUGGCAUCUAAUUAGAAGUGUCUUAAAGAAAUUAGUAAUGAGCAAUCAAGAAAAACCAUGACUCCUGUUUGGGCUCUGUGGACUUGGAUUUUAUGUAUUUGGGUUGCAGAAAAGUUUUAUCUCCAACUCUUAAAAUAUAAACAUUUUCUACUUCUUAUGGAAGUCAACAAAUUCUUACCAUGCAUCUAUACGCCCAAAACAACAACAGAGACAUAAGCUGAUUUCGUGUGAACUUUUUCCCAUCCUGUUCAGUUUUCAUUCUAUCCAAACCCACACGCAGAUUUCUACAUAGAAAUUAUAGGAGAAGAAAUCGUCUGUUCCAUCUAGACAUCGAUUAAGGGUAAAAAGUUUAAAAAGGGCAGAUUUUUUUUUUUUAUGAAGCAGGAGCAAAAAUGUAUGACCAAAGAAUGUUUGCAUUUUGGUUUUAGCUUCUUUAGACUGGGGAGAUGAUACAGAUUUUUCAAAGCUUUCCUCCUCUUUAAAACAUCAAAAAGCUCUUGAUAUAAUAAUAACCAACCUAAAAGGAAAUUUGCUUACAAUGGAAAUUUCUCCUUCCAGAAAUUUCUACACUCAUCCUAUCCAUCCUACAGUUAGUUACUUUAUGAAAUAAGAAAGGCUCUCCUGCUAGAAUAUGAAAUAUAGACGACCUCAUGAUUUUCAGCUAAUUUUCAAAGAUAAAUUUAACUCUUCGGCUACAUAGAAAUUUAUAGAAGUAUGCCUGUGUGUGUGUCCAUGUGUGCGUACACACAUGUCAGACUCAUCUGGACAGUUUUAAAAGCUUAAGACUAAAUCCCAAGCCAUGUCCUUUGGCUCCUAUGUCAUCAUUCUCAAAAUCAAUUUCUGGUUUCUGGGUCAUCUGUUCAUAUCUCUAGCAAUUUUUUUUCUUGAAAUUCUGAAAAUGAUUCAGACAUGUGUGCAUAUUUAAUUCACUUAGAUGAUCUGUAAACUUGGAUGGUAUUUAUUCUAAAUGGAAAAAAAUUUUAUACUGAAAAUCUAUGUAAUUUAUAAUGGUUUUGUUUAAUAUAUUAUAUUUUCAUAUCUUUAGGGCACAUCUAUUCUCAUCUUUUUGUAUAUCAUACUUAACAAAAGAAUUACUAAUACUUGACUAAAAUCUCUAGGAACCAAAUGUGAUACAUAACAUAUAGAAUUCACCCUAAAAAUAUCUGAAUGUUCUCACCCAUCCCAAGUGUUACUGUGCUGUGUCAUUAUGUCCAGAAUGAUUUGUUUCAGAUGCUAAUGAACAUUCCUUUUUUUCAAAACUAAGGCCGUGAGGCCUGACAUUCUACACAAUGGAUUCUGGAAUUCUCUUUUUCUUUUUUUUACCGUUUGCUUCAUUUUUAACUAUGUUGUUUAAGCUUCCCUUUAAGGGCAAGCGGUGAGAUAAGAAAACAACUUGAUAGAAAGACUGGCUAUGUAAAUUAUUCAAUGGACUGAUAACAUGUUUUAAAUCUAAUGCUUGGAUUGUUAUUUAUUGGUGAUCUAGGAUCUGCUCACUUCUUUAGCACAUGAAGAAAAUGUGAGGCACAAAGAAUAUUUGCAUGUGUUGUACAGGCACACUCUCAAUGUAGUACAUCCAACAUAAAUCAGCUUAACUAUAGAAACAGCAAUCCCAACCACCGAGGAACGGUUCAGAAAGGCAAAUCAGACAUCUUUUGCUUGCAGACUGAAGCAGUGUGGUAUCAGUGCUGAAACUCUUAACUGGCAGCCUGUGUGGUUCUGUUAGUGGAGUUUCCUCUCAGUAUUACAUUUGGUAAGAAAAUGGAGCAUUUAACUUAUCUUUCAUAUACUCUGUUUUAUACUCAGCACAGUUCAACUACUAUUGUACCUAUUGUCACAAACCCUUUUGGCGAAUCCCUUAAGAUUAUUAUCCCUGUUUCUAUUCUUGCUUUUUAAACUAAUUUAUUGGUACUCUUCAAAUAUCUUCCAAGUCUCAUUGUAUAUUCCCACACAUAUUUUGAGCACCUGAUAUCUUCACGAUAUUCGUCAUUUUUAUAAACAGCUAUUCAUUUCAAACUCCUUCAGUAGAUAAAGUUUAUUGUCCUUAUGACUUUUAGGGGUUUUCUACAGUGAUUAAUCGGGUUUGGAUUAAACAAAUCAGUGGUGGGGGAAAAACUGAAUAAAACAGAAUUGCUUAUUAUGUUUUCCAAAGGA